AUGUCACCGUCCACGUCGACGUCCACAGCAAACAACUUUUAUUACCCGCAACAGCGAGCGUCACAGCCAACCACGACAUAUCCAGACGAAGGCGGACGCUUUUCCGAAGACCAAUUCGACAUCAUUGACAGCCUAGACUAUGACGACGUAGACGAUGGGCUGAUCGACCACGAAUUGGUGCAUCGAAAUCGAGAAGCACUCGUCCAACAACUGUACAAUUCGGAAACAGCCUACCUCGAAUCGCUCAAUUUAGUCGCAAACGUCUUUAUGCAGCCCUUACGUAAAGACGCCAAACAGUCCUCGUUUGCGUUUCUUGGCAUGAAGAAGAUGGUCUGCACUGAGCGUGAGACGCGUUGGCUGUUUGGUAAUUUUGAUGACAUAGUGCAGACACAACAUUUGGGGCCCUACGCAGAUUAUUUCGGAUGUUUUUCAUGGUUGGGCAAGUAUUUAUUUCUGACAACCUAUGAGCGCUUGACUCGGUACCAACCAUUCAAGAAGUUUAUUGAUUCAGCACACAAGGAUUCAUCGUUGAGGGGUGCUACGCUGUUGUCGUUGCUACAGAUCCCUGCAGGAUGCAUCAAUCGAUACGCACAGCUCAUCAGUAAGCUAGCCGAUGUGACGACGCCCAUGCAUCCAGACUAUAUGGGCUUAUUGACGUGUAAACAACGCAUCAUUGCAUUGGCCGAAGAGAUUAAACCAAAGGUGGACGAUGCAGAUAAUGUCGAUCAGGUGCUCAUGAUCCACCAAGCCUUGAUCGGCGCUCCAUUCGGCGUCAAAGCCCAACGACGGCUAGUUCUCCAAGGACAACUUGCGCGAGUCGUCGUCAAUUCACGAUCGACGGGUGAAGAGCGCACCUACUUUUUGUUUUCAGAUCUUCUUGCAUUUGUGCGACCCAAGCAAGAUGGAAAACGGACGCUUCUGCAGUACAAAGGGCACAUCACCCUGGAACGGGCACGUGUGCGCGCGCUUACGGCUGAAGAAGCCGGUGCGCAAGACCAUUGCAUUGAAAUUGUAUCGUCCUUUCAAGGUGUCGACACGCUGAACACGACGUACAUGGGUGCACCAACAACGCAUGUGCUGUGUACAAACAGUAAAGAGGAGCAGGAAGAGUGGCUGAAACAGUUGGAAGUGGUGAUUCACAGUUUGGAUCGGGCUGCUACUCGCGCGAAAAAUGGUAACACCUUUUAUAUUUUUGAUGGGCUUCUUUUCUUUUUCCAUAUCAUCAAGCAUGUACUUACUCUCCCUGUGUGUGUGUAUAUAUAUAUAUAUACUUUUACCAGCUGCACAAAGUCGACGCAUGGCCCAUAA